AUGUCUUUGCUGGGUAAAAGGAUUAGGGCGCCCCGAGAAGAUGAUGAUUUACUGGACGAGGGGCUCUCGAGCUCUGAAGAAUUGAACUCCGCUAGUGGUGGGGAUGAAGACGGAGAGCUGGAGGAUGCAGAAACAGUACGCGUGCCAUUUUUGAUUUACGACGAUAAAGAAUUGCUGGAAAUAGCUGACUUACCGCCCAUUGGACAGUCAGACCUAGAGGACUCUCCUUCCGAAAAAGAGGGAGAAAAUGAUAUCGAAUCUUCGCUGUCGCAAAUCUCAUUCGGCGCUCUCGCAAAAGUCCAGCGGUCGCUAGGGCCUCUGAAAAAAGGGUCAAAGAGGAAGCACAGAGGCCAAGAGGAGGAGGAGGAGGAGGAGGAGCAAGAUAAUGGAAAUACCAAAUAUAAAAAAUCCAAAUUAGACGCCCUGAAUGAACUGCGUGAACGGAUCCGGAGAGCAAAGGAGGGAAAGGCUUCUAAAUCAGGCCAAUCAAAGGACGAAGAAGCAGCAGUCAAGAAACAGAAAGAAUCCCGGCUCUCAAAACAUGCGCCUGCGAUCCAAUCAAGCAAGUUUGCGGUUAGUCGCCGGCGUGUUGUUGUUGACGGUGAGAAUGUAGCCCAGGUGAAAUCGAGAGACCCACGUUUCGACAGCGCGGUACAAAGCUAUAGCCACAGCCAUCGACUCGGAUCUCAUUCCGAUCCAGCAGCAGCUAAGAACUACGCAUUCCUAAACGACUAUCGAGAUGCUGAACUGAAAGAGCUUGAGGAGAAAUUGCGUCGAGCUAAGAAUGAAGAUGAGAAGCAGCAGCUGAAGAAGACGAUUACUUCUAUGAAUGAUAGGAAGAGGGCGCUUGAGCAUCGGGAUAGAGAAAGACAGAUUCUAUCUAAGCAUCGGAAGAGGGAGAGAGAGUUGAUUAAGGAGGGAAAGAAGGAGAAGGCAUGGUUCUUGAAGAAAGCGGACCUAAAGAAAGAGGCUCUUAAGGAGAAAUAUGAAUCAAUGGGAGCCAAACAAAGACAAAAAGGCAUUGAGAGGCGAAGGAAGAAAGUAGCUUCUAAGGAGAAGAAAGAAAUGCCGAGGAGUAGAAGGAUGGUCGAAGGGUGA